GGAGGAGGGCACAUAUAUGUCUUGGUAGUUCCAGCAUAUAUGCUUGCUCAAACUGCACUUUCCUGCAAGCCUCAUUAUUUGCCUUGCUGCCCUUAUCUCGACUCCUCUGCACAGUGUUACCCAUCUAUCAGAAUGCAGGAUGACAUCACUGGAAAUGAAGUGAUCGAGGCGGCUAUCGCAUUUGCAGCUACCUUACUUGUUCAACUUCUCUAUGCCUGCUGGGAGCCAUUAGAAUCGUCCUUCUCGAUGGACAAAGACAAACAGACACGGACACCACGGCCCGAUUGGAUCCAACUGAGUUGCUCGGUCGUUUUUGGAAUCAUGGGUUCCGCCCUUGCGGCUGCUUUUAUCACCGUCAGAGCUAGGCAUCUCCCACAUGCGCGAGAACUGUUCUUGGCCUGGAAAGGAGUAUCUCUCUUGGCCUCCAGGAUCUUUGAGGUAUUCAAAAGCUCUAGUAUUGAUAAAGGUUCUCUUUGGGUUCGAAAUGCUAGGUAAUGGUGCUCUCGUCGGCACGGGGAUAUGGCAAUUGAAGGAAGACGAUCCUGAGUUCCUGUGGGUUGAGCCAAUUGUUUCCAAAGCCGUCAUAAGUUUUAUACUUAUUUACGCGCUUAUAAUCAUGAGGGCGGUGAAGCAGGUGGACAAGGUGAAGCUUGGUCGCUGGGCAUUUAUUAACCUACUGGCGGUUAUAGUGGGGGUUGUGAGCGCAACUCGUGGGCAAGAAUGGGCGCACUUGGCCCAAUGUUUAUUUUGCUUAGCCGUUGGUUUGGGGAGCAAGGUAUAGAAAAGGUUGAAGAGAUCGAAAGGCAAAAAAAACGUUUCCGAAGCCACGUCGAUGUCGGGAGCCCUAGGAUAGGAUUAUGAAAGCCAAGGCGGCUCCUAGGACAAAUCUGCGGGUUCUUGUCCGUCUCCGUCUCCUCUUCGCCUGUCCCGAAUAUAUGGAACCUACCCCAGGAGGCGUUUGGAGGCGCUGGCGCUGGGCCAGUGCCCCUAUUCCGAGCACAGGGAUCUCGCUUGACCUGACGUAUUUCUCAUGUCCUCCCCAUGCACCCCUUGCGGCGCCAAGAUCUUCCAGCGACAGAUUAAUGUCUCCGAUCAUGGGCUACUGGGUGGCGGCGGCUGCUGUCCCCCUGGCAUACCUGCUCAAGAUGAGCGUGGGCUGCAUAUGUCGGCGUGACAGAGGCUGCAGAGUAGGCGGUAACGAAGCUCUACUUUUGGCGCGAUAAGGAGCAGGGGAGGAGACGAGGCUAGACAGAUUCCUGUGGUAUUUAA